CUUUUCAACACAUGAUGAGUAUCGUUCUUCCAUCUAAUAGGGGGCAUAAAAUCAAUGCGCCGUCGCCAGUAACCCUCCCGGAGGAACUCAUCGUCGAAGUUCUAUCCCUCCUUAACGUGAAAUCACUGAUGCAACUCAAAUGUGUGAGCAAGUCUUGGAACUCAAUCAUCUCCGAUCCCUUUUUUUGUCAAAAAGCACCUUGAUAAAUCUUCACGAAUUCCACACAUCAUGCUAUUCUUGGCCCAUGUUAUCGACCGUUGCUUAUAUGUCUCACUCCGUCUCUUCCCCAUAGGCGGUUUACUUGAGAAUCCGUCAAUUGAUAUCUUCAAGAAAGAUUCCAAAUGUCAAAGAAUGGAAUGGCGUUAUCCACACCGUGUUAUUGGUUCCUGCAAUGAAUUGGUCUGUUUAUUGAAUUCUCGUACGAACGAAUUCUAUCUAAGGAAUCCAGCCACCACCAGGCCAUUCUCUGAGAACCUAGUGUCUUAUCCCCUUACUUUUCAACAUCAAAAAUUCAGAUUUUUAUUUGGUUAUGAUAAUUUAACCGACAAAUAUAAGUUGGUGGCAUUCCAUUAUAAAGAGGGGGUGAGAAUUUUCACUUUCGGAGAUAAUGUUUGGAAGAAUAUUCAGUGUUUUCCUGUCUCCUAUACCAUUAAGAACAACGGUGUCUAUUUGAGUAAUAGUUUUAACUGGUUUGCUGUUGUCGAUAACAAAGGGUUUUAUAACAAGAAUCUUAAAGUUGAGCAACUCGUGAUUAUCUCACUUGAUUUGAGAACAGAGAAAUAUACACAGUUUCAGUUCCCUCGAGAGCUUGAUGAAGUACCGUCUCUUGUGCCUAUUGUUUGCAAGUUGAUGGACAGUCUAUGUUUUUCUCAUUACACUAAGGAUGGUAGUUUUGUUAUAUGGCAGAUGAAGGAAUUUGGAGUUGAAAAGUCAUGGAAUAAAUUACUUAAAUUUGAUUAUCAUUCUCUACCGGAUUGCUUCCCAAAUAUUCUUAACUUGUCGCCAUUACACGUUUUUGAGAAUGGGGAUUUGCUGAUAUUGGCAACCAAUGUUGGAAAACUAAUUCGUUAUUAUAGGAAAGAUAAUAGAGUAGUAUGUAAUCCUGCAUAUAAUACCAAUUACCUAUAUUUUGUCAUCCCUCAUGUGGAAAGUUUAGUUUCAACUUUUUGA